UCACCCCUCAAUUGUAAUCUGUAAUAUCUUUUCAAAAUCUCCAAUCUUUGCAAGUUCUUACUUGCACCCCCCAUUCAUCAUUCAAACCGUAAAUGCAACAUAAAAACGAUCAUCCAUGGGGGGUUGCAUAUCUGUUGCCAAUACAAGUUACUUAAGGAAAUCCAGCCUUGUCCAACCAAUCACACGACAAGAGACAAAAACCCCAAAAUUUGUACGCCCGGCUCGUGUCCUUAAAGACUCUGCUGGGGGCGACAUUUUCAAGCAUUACAAGUUUGGGAAAGAGCUCGGGAGGGGUGAGUUUGGGGUGACAUACCAAUGUCAAAAUAUCGAAACAGGAGAAAAAGUGGCAUGCAAAAAGAUGUCCAAAAGCAGGCUGAUCGCGGAGAUUGAUGUGGAGGAUGUGAGGAGAGAGGUGACGAUCAUGAGGCAUAUGCCUGUGCACCCUAACAUUGUCAGCUACAAAGAUGUUUAUGAAGAUAAAGAUGCAAUAUAUUUACUCAUGGAGCUCUGUGAAGGUGGUGAACUAUUUGAUCGUAUCGUUACUAAAGGUCAUUACACGGAACGAGCCGCUGCUGUUGUAAUUAAGACCAUUCUUGAAGUUGUUCAGGUGUGUCACACACAUGGAGUAAUGCAUCGUGAUUUGAAACCUGAAAAUUUCUUAUACGCUCACAAAGGAGAAAAUGCAUCUCUAAAAGCAAUCGACUUUGGUCUCUCUGUAUCCUUCGAGCAUGGCCAAAGGUUUAGAGAAGUCGUCGGAAGCCCAUAUUAUAUGGCACCGGAAGUACUCAAACGAAAUUAUGGGGAAGAAAUCGAUGUAUGGAGCGCCGGUGUCAUUCUAUACAUCUUGCUUUGUGGAGUUCCCCCAUUUUGGGCAGAGACCGAGGAAGGAAUUGCACAAGCAAUAAUCAAGGGUGACAUAAACUUUGAAAGGGACCCUUGGCCAAGGGUCUCCGAAGAUGCCAUAAACAUCAUAAGGGGCAUGCUCGACCAAAAUCCAUAUGAUCGGCUCACUGUGGAAGAGGUCCUCGAAAACAAAUGGAUUCAAAAUGCCCACAAGGUUCCCAACAUUCCUUUGGGAGAACACGUACGAGCAAGAAUUCAACAAUUCUCUUUGAUGAACAAAUUCAAAAGGAAAGUAAUUAGGGUGGUAGCAGAAAACUUGCCAGAUGAACAAGUACAUGGAUUAAAACAAAUGUUUGAUGAUAUGGACAAGGACAAGAAUGGAUCACUCACCUUCGAAGAGCUUAAAGAUGGUUUGUGUACGAUUGGAGAACAACCGCUUGCUGAUCCUGAUGUUCAGAUGCUAAUGGAAGCUGCUGAUCUUGAUGAAAAUGGGGUCCUGAACUGUGAGGAGUUUAUGAUAGUUGCAGUUCACUUGAAACGGAUCAGCAAUGAUGAUCAUCUACGCCGGGCUUUCCACCAUUUUGACAAGGACAACAAUGGGUACAUUGAGUAUGAUGAGUUACGAGAGUCUUUGUUUGAAGAACACCAAAAUUCACACAACGAAAAGCUUGUCCAUGAUAUCAUACAUGAUGCCGACCUUGAUAAGGAUGGUAGGAUCAGUUACCCGGAGUUUGCAGCGAUGAUGACGACAGGGAUGGACUGGAAGAUGGCAUCUCGACAGUAUUCAAGAGUGAUGUUAAAUGCAAUUAGCGUGAAAAUGUUCAAAGGUGAUACAAUCGAAGAGGAAGAGGAUAUUGAGAUAAGCUGAUCUAUGAUCGAUGUCUUUAAUUUGUUAUGUGAAGUAGUACAUUUUGGUUACGUAG